ACCCAUGGACUGAAACUGCAGCUUGUACCCUAUCAGUAUCGCAGUGAUACUGUACAAUUUGCAAAUAAGUUAAAGAGGAAGUGUCUUCUCUAUCCUGAACCAGUGAGCAAACACAACCCAUCUUUCUACCUUCCCAUUGACUUAAAUGGUUCUCCCUUGAAAGCUGUGAAUGAAUGUUUGCUUGAUAUUUGCUGGCAUAGCAAAGUUACUGUGUAAAUGUUUGGUUACUAGAGUUGUAAAUUUAAGCAAAAAAUGAUCAAGGAAUUAUCUUCACAACCACUUUAACCAACGUUUGCACAUUGACCAAACUUGCAAUUUCAUGCAAGGUUUCCUUUACCAUUGCCUCGUUUGUUCAAUCACCAUCAGUCUUCGCAAAGUUUAUCAGUAAUGUUAUUUGCUCUAGCUGGUUAUUUUAGGUAAGAUCCUCUUAUCCCUUGUAGUUGGUUUCUCAUGCAGUAAGCAGGCCGUUUUACACCUUAAUAUAAUUUGAGGAUCACUUAUCUCGUAGAGAUUUGUAACGCAUUUGUAACUGCACAUUUAACUGGCACGUGGCUGUAGUUUGCCUUGUCAAAAUUCCUGCACGCAUAUUUCCGAGGCCACAGCUGAUUUCAGCAGUUUUCUCGAACGACGCUGACCAACUCGACGACUCAACAGACUAAGCAUCACUUUAUCCACACUACACUGCAAAGAGAGCGCUUCUGGAGGAGUUUAAGUGGUACGCAAUUUGUUCUCUGUAAUCGUGAAAAUGUUAAAAGGAUAUUUGUAAAAGCUUCAUUGAAUGUGGUGGUAAGCUUAUAAAAACAAAAGUUGUUUUGAAGGAUUCUAUUUUGGUCACAUGUUUCUCUAAACCCUGUCGUGUUUAUUCUUGCAUGUUGAAAUAAUUAUCUGUUAAAAAAUGAAGGGUUCCAAAGCCCAAAAUUAUCCUUUCGUCCUGUGCCAGUACAGAAUUACACUUGCAAGAUAAAGCAUUUUCGAAAAUGGGUCCAUUAUGAUGGAAUUACAGAGAAGCAGUGCGCAGGAAGUGGCCUGUCUGUACAGCACAUACUAGCACAACUUGGAACACCAUCACAUUGCCUUUAUGCUCAACUCUGAGGUACUCAAUGUAGAAGUGGAUUGAAAAAAGGCUGACCAAAAAUUAGAGCUAUUUUUCAAUUAGACCAUGAUCAACUAACUUCAAUUUUGCUUUCACAUUUGUUUUGGAUAUUUCAGUCCACUUUUAACUUACAACUAAUGAUUCUAGCAGCAAUUACCAUGCUAUGAGCAUUUCUGAACUGCUUUUUGCUAUUUUUGGCUACUUUUUUAAUUAAGAAACUAAACGUUUUCACAUCUGCCUGUGGUGCAUCACUUUAUUUUGACGUAAUAUAAAAUGAGAUUGCUCGAAAAAAAAUUCUUGAUGACCAGAAAUCACCCACUCCCCGCCUCAAGAGUUAAAUGGUUGGCUCCUUAAUUGAACUUGAUUGAACAAUAAGGUUCAAUUAAGAUCGCUAAUUGAACACAAUCAAACUCUCACAAGAAAUCUCAGUAAUCAAACCCAAUUGAACUUUGAUUGAAUUCGAUUAGGUUCCCUGGUCGUAGUUGGGAAGUAUUUGAAUAAAAAUGGGAAGUUAUACCGGAAAAAUGCAUGUCUUACUGAAUGAUUCCUUUUUCUAGGGUGUUUUCCGACUAAGUACGUUUCGGCAAAUUGGUUGUUGCUGAUCAGCGAAGUGUAUUUUUUUUAAGCAAACAUGUUAACAAGAACACUUAAGUUAUAGUCAAUCUAUUAUUCCUUCCGCCUGAUUCUUUUUAGGUUAAUUGCUGAUUUCCUAGUGAUUUCUUUGCCACUUUCCUGAUACUUUGCUCGCUAAAAGGGCUCUUCAAACUCCAGGCCCUGUCUAUUUUAAGUGUUGGUUUAGAACGUUCGAUCAAGUUUGAUUGGUUCAAUUACCGGUAAGUUCGCUAAUCAAACUCAAAAAAUAGGUUGAGAGUUAAGUUGAGUUUGACAAACUUUGAUUACCGAACAGUUUGAGUGGUUACAGCCUUAUCAAGUCUGAUUGUGUCAUGCGAUGCCCUUACUCAUAUCAACGAACUGGCUGGGUUUUCUGUAGAUACUAUGAAAUAAUACUGGCUUCUUGGAUCGUUGCCAUCGACGGAAGUUGUUAUUUAAUAGAUGGGAAAGCACAAAAAAGAGUGCAGAAAAAAUUAUUUGAAAAGACAUCGUAAGAUGCUAAAGGAAAGGAAGGCACAAGAUGAGGACCCCACCUCCCACCUUCAAGAGGAGGAAGCCACUUCUAGUCCAGCGGAAAGUGUUGUUGAUGAGCCUAAUCCAAAGAAAAGAAGAGGCAAUGAUAGUCAUGAAACGUUUUGUGCUAAUGCACAAUACUGCACUCUCGGUGAAUUACCACCUGAGUGGCAAUUUGACCCCAUGAAAGACAAUCUGUACUUCUCCUUUGCAAAAAUUCUUGAAAAUAAGAGAAAGCUACAGAAACUGAUUCAAAAUCCACUUGGUGAUCACUGAGCUGGUAAGUCUUAAUAAAAAAAGUAGUUCUGUUCUUACAGUGUUGUAUUGGACUCGGGCUUGGUGUGUGGCAGGCAAGGGCGACACAACUUCUGAGCUCCGCAACAAAAAUGGCUCCCUCCUCAGAACCGCUCACUGUCAACAACAUUCGAAAGAUCUGGAAGACAGCAUUCCUUCCCAACAUCAAGAAAUCAGAAAUGAACUGAAGACUGAAAUUGAAAAGAUAAACUGCCUGAUAACUAAUCUGUCAAAGCGUCCGGACUCGAUUGAAUCGUCACAGCAAUUGAUCAGCAAUAAAUACGAUUCCAUUUUGAAGUCAAUGCAGUCCACCAAGAAACAGAUAAACGAUCUUAACAACUGGUGCAAAGCCCAAGACAACAAAAUCAACCAUCUUAAUGACUCAGUCUACGAUGCUGAAGCAGCCAUAGAGUCCAUC